CUGGCCUUAACUGUCAACACUUGGUAUUUUAAACAUUUCAAUGUUCACUCGCCACAAUACCGAAGAAAUACGUGGCUAAGGUGUUCUAAAUACUUAUAAUACUGUUUAGGAUAAAGUAUAACAAAUGACUUACCAGUCGUUUCGCAUUGUCGGUGAAUUUUCGACGAAGAUGGAGUAGAAGUGCCAGGAGUUCGGCUCCGAAGGGUAGAAUGUCCCUCAAAGAAGUUUACGUGCCUGUCGACGAUCCCAGGAAUGUCAAAAAGACCCAAGAAAUUAAGUUAUUCUGCUUUGACCUGACAAACUGUAGUACCAAGCUGCAGCUUUUUUGGUGCAGUUUUGGAGUAUUCUGCUUGUUCUUGCUCUACGGAUACCUGCAGGAAUUGAUAUUCACGCUCGAUGGAUUUAGACCAUUCGGAUGGUACUUGACACUUAUUCAAUUUGGUUACUACACAGUCUUCGGAUGGUUAGAAUGUCUCUUCAGAGGAAUAAGAAGAAGAAUACCGAUGGGUACUUAUCUACUAUUAGCAGUCCUCACGUUGGGUACGAUGGGCUUUUCCAAUUCGUCGCUUGGCUACCUUAAUUAUCCGACUCAGGUAAUAUUCAAGUGCUGCAAACUUAUUCCGGUGCUAAUCGGCAGUAUACUGAUACAAAAAAAGAAGUACGGGGUACUAGAUUUUAUAGCUGCCAGCUUGAUGUGCAUCGGGCUGGUGCUCUUUACUUUGACAGAUAGCAUAAUUUCCCCAAGGUUCGAUCUAGUCGGAGUGAUAAUGAUCAGCUGUGCCCUGCUUUGCGACGCACUCAUUGGCAACUUACAAGAGAAGGCAAUGCGCCAGUACAAGGCUGGAAAUACAGAGGUCGUACUUUACUCCUACAGCAUAGGAUUUUUAUACUUAUUUAUAAUUCUCCUAUUCACGGAGAAUAUAGUUAAGGGUGCAACAUUUUGUGCCAAGCAUCCCCUGGAGACAUAUGGCUAUGGUCUCCUGUUUUCACUCUCCGGAUACUUUGGUAUCCAAAUAGUGUUAACACUCGUCCAGUGCUGUGGAGCCUUCGUAGCUGCAACAGUAACUACAUGUCGCAAAGCAGUGACCAUUGUGAUAAGUUUCGUGCUAUUCUACAAGCCUUUUACUUGGCAAUAUUUGUGGUCAGGGCUGUUAGUAAUUCUUGGAAUAUACAUUAAUGUCUACGGCAAACAACGUGCCAAUGACAGAAUCAAUCUCCGACAGAUUUGGAUCGGCCUGAAGAAGUGCUGCGCAUCGCAGAAAAGGAUCCAACUUAUGACUAAUGUUUAGUCCCGAUAUCAGUGCAUUUCUUAUAAAGUUCCUACCUUCAGCUAAUAGUAUUCAUUCUUCGGUGCAAUAGUAUGUUUUAAAGGAUAGGCUUGUAACAAUCCCGAAAGAAUACCGUUCGUAGAUUGAAAAUCUGUUUACUAUUUCAGUCAAUUGAUUUUGCAUGAAUAUGAAGUCGAGGCUAAACACUUUUUAAAAGUUUUAAACAAAUUCUGAGUAGCUGACGAAUUGAUUGACUAAGCAGUGUUCAUACAUUUUUCUCUUUAAAUAAAAUUUCAAGUUACUAUACCCUGUCUAGUUGGAGUAUCAAUUAUAAAUUUAUACAUAUCAAUAAUUAGUAUACAAUGCCAUUAUUUUUUAAUUACACAGGGAUAGCGUCGUCUUUUACAUUUUUGAUAAAGCCAUUUUCAAAGCGACAUAGACUAUCUUAGAGAUAAAAGUAGUUGGCAAUCAAUACGGAUGUAUAUUAAAAUCUAAUCAGGCUCAACUAUUUUGUAGUCUUGCACGAAGUUGCGGGAAUAAAUGAUACAUAAAUAUAUUUAUUUGCAUCACUAAAAAA